UACAGCUCACCGGUACUGUGAGGUUCUGCUCCUUUGCGGGUGUCCCGGCGGACUUAAGAGCCGCAUGUCUAGGGCUGCGGCUGCCCCUUCCCGCAGCUCUGGCCUCGUAGGUGGGGGUCGAGUCCCGGACAGAUUCCUCUCCUCCCGGAGCCCCAAAGCUGGAAUCGGCAACCGGGGUCUGCGAGCCCAGAUAGCUGGCUCAGGCCUGGCCCGCCAUUACCACGCUGCUCUUGCAGAAUGGGUUCAGAGUAGUUCGCGGAGCUGAACACCCAACUCCAGGUCUCACUUGGUUCCUCUGGGUGACUUGCCUAGCUCCAGGGUCGUGGAUAUGGACCUCUCUCACUUCCUGGUCUUCCUGUUUGUCCUGCUACUAUCUGGGACGGGAGCCACAGGCUCCCUGAAGACCUCCCUGGACCCAGGCCUGGAGAUCUACAAGAAGCUGUUUGAGGUGAAGCGGCGGGAGCAGCUGUCGGCACUGAAAAACCUGGUGCAGCUGAACGACGUCCACCAGCAGUACAAGAUCCUGGAUGUCAUGCUCAAGGGGCUCUUCAAGGUGCUGGAGGACUCCCGGACAGUGCUCAUGGCCGCGGACGUGCUGCCGGACGGGCCCUUCCCCCAGGACGAGAAGCUGAAGGAUGCUUUCUCCCAGGUGAUGGAGAACACGGCCUUCUUCGGGGACGUGGUGCUGCGCUUCCCGAGCAUCGUGCACCACUACUUCGACCACAACUCCAACUGGAACCUCCUCAUCCGCUGGGGCAUCAGCUUCUGCAACCAGUCGGGUGUCUUUGACCAGGGGCCCCACUCGCCCAUCCUCAGCCUGAUGGCCCAGGAACUCGGGAUCAGCGAGAAAGGCUCUGACUUCCAGAACCCAUUUAAAGUAGAUCGCACAGAGUUCGUUUCUAGCGCGGACCCUCUCCAGAAGGCCCUGAGAGAAGAGGAGAAACGCCGGAGGAAGGAGGAGAAGCGGAAAGAGAUCCGCAAAGGCCCGCGGAUCUCCAGGUCCCAGUCCGAGUUAUAGGCCCGUCGCAGCCCAGGGUUCGAGAGGCCAGGAGGAAGAGGAGGAGGCAGCACGGCCGAGGGCAAGCAGUGCUGACCGCUUGGUGGUGAGAGCCGGCCCCUGUGAAGGGAGGUCCUGUUCGCUUGGCCCCCUGGAGCCGGCUUUGAGGCCCAGCUGAAGAGACUGGGCUGCGGAGGGCUGGACUUCCUCCCGGGGGCCUCCCUGGAGGGACGGGGCGUGGAGGGGCCCUUCAGAGCACGCCGUGCUGCAGAUCUAACCCUGCGGAGAGGCUGGGGGAGGGAGGGGGGGCCGGGGCUGUCCCCUCCCAGGGGGUGAGGGCUGGUGACCGGCUGGCUGCUGUCCUUCAUGGGGAGGUGGCAGAACCAGGCUCUGAGCUAUGCGUGGGGGUGCCACACCUGCUGCUGGCUCUACUGUGUCACUGAGCCACGUGGUGUGAGUUCCAGCCCCCUGCAGAGACACAAUAAAAGCCAGCUGAGCCUCUGGGCAAGCCA